AUGCUUUUGGUAAAAGCCAACCAAGGGAAGUGGGCGGUUCAGCUGCUCCGGGUGCUGUGUUUUUGUGUUUGGGCCUUUCCAGCGGCAUUUUCCAGAGGGCCGGCGGUGCAGGCCGCAGUGACAGGGCCGCUCGCUGCCGCGCACCCUGCCUCUUUCUCGGUGCACGGUCUGCUUGCGGCGUCCGCGACCUGCAGGCCCAACAUAGCGCAGGAGGUGUCGGAGUUCCUGAGCCAGAACCCGCAGGUGGCCGCCUGGGUGGAGGCGCUGCGGUGCGACGGCGAGACUGACAAACACUGGCGCCAUCGCCGGGAGUUUUUGGUCCGCAACGCCGGGGACCUGGUUCCCACUGGUGGCGUUGACUCCACUAACACGGAUGAAGCUGCGAACGCCGAGAGUGGGACUCGCAAUCGGCAGAUGCAGCAGCUCAUCUCCUUUUCCAUGGCUUGGGCAAACCACGUCUUCCUCGGGUGCCGGAACCCUCAAAAAGUUAUGGAUAAAAUACUUAGUAUGGCUGAAGGCAUCAAAGUGACAGAUGCUCCAAUCCAUACAACAAGAGACGAACUGGUUGAAGAAGGGAUAGAAGAGCCAUCCAAAAAACGAGUCAUAGAAGGGAAAAACAGUUCUGCGGUUGAGCAAGAUCAUGCAAAAACUUCUGCCAAAACAGAACAUGCAUCAGCUAAGCAGGAAAAGAGUUCAGCAUGUACAGGGUCAUCCACCAAAUCAGAGAGUAGUGGAAACUCAACUCAGAGUCAGAAUAGCUCUACAAGUGAUGGGGAUCAACCUGUUUCCAGCCAAAGCAGCAGCAUCAGCAUUUUCUCUCAGAUAACAGCAGCAGGGUCUGGAAAAGUUUCUGAAUCAGAAGCUUCAGAUAAGCAUGGUUCAGCAUCAUUUGUUUCUUUGUUGAAAUCGAGUGUGAAUAGUCAUGUGACCCAAUCCACUGAUUCCGUACAACCAAGUAGUUCACCUAAAAAGAGUGCUUUGGAAGGUUCCUCAGUCUCAGUUUCUCAAAGCAGUUCAGAGAUUCAGGUGCCCUUGUUGGGCUCCUCAGGAAGCUCAGAAAUAGAGUUGCCACUGUUGUCUUCUAAUCCUAGUUUAGAGACAGCUUCAAGUGGGUUAACUACCAAAACUAGUUCAGAGACAAGUGUUUCAUCAUCAGUUUCUAAAAACAGUUCCUCAUCAGGCACAUCCUUGACAACUUCCAAGAGCAGCUCCUCGACAAAUACAUCACUGCUGUCUUCUAAAAGCACUUCCCAGGUAGCUGCAUCGCUGUUAACUUCUAAGAGCAGUUCCCAGAGCAGUGGAUCUCUGGUUUCCAAAAACACUUCCUUAGCAGGUGUGUCCCAGCUGGCUUCUAAGAGUAGUUCUCAAACUAGCACAUCACAGUUGCCUUCUAAAAGUACUUCACAGUCAAGUGAGAGUUCAGUCAAAUUCUCCUGUUGCAAGUUAACCAGUGAAGAUGUGAAACAGAAGCAGCCUUUUUUUAAUAGACUGUAUAAAAUGGUGGCAUGGAAGUUGGUAGCUGUUGGUGGUUUUAGUCCCACUGUGAAUCAUGGAGAGCUCCUAAAUGCAGCUAUUGAGGCUCUGAAAGCAACACUGGAUGUGUUUUUUGUCCCACUAAAAGAACUGGCAGAUCUGCCUCAAAAUAAGAGCUCUCAAGAAAGUAUUGUUUGUGAAUUGAGGUGUAAGUCUGUGUAUUUGGGUACUGGCUGUGGAAAAAGCAAAGAAAAUGCAAAAGCAGUUGCAUCAAGAGAAGCAUUGAAGUUAUUUCUCAAGAAAAAGGUGAUGGUAAAAAUAUGUAAACAAAAAUACAGGGGUAGUGAAAUAGAAGAUUUAGUACUCCUUGAUGAAGACUCAAGACCUGUAAACUUACCUCCAGCAUUAAAACAUCCUCAAGAAUUACUAUAGUGUGUCCAAAAGAUCACUGCAUAAAAUAUUUAGUAUGUGAAGAGAAAAACUGACUUACUUUUGUAUAAUGUAAAACACAGGCUUUCACAAAUUUUGUAUUGCUUUUUUCCAAUUUUGCAGAAAAUUUACAUUCUAGUUCUCGUCACACAAUAGAAGUUGUAAAUAAUUUGUGAGUGACAGUAGACAUUAAAAGGUAUGCAUAAAACAGCAUACUAGUAUGCUGGUUUAUUUGUUGAGGAAAAUACUGUCUUCUAUUUUUAAUGAUACAUUAGGUACGAUGUGUAGUUCCGUAGCAUCUUAAAACUUUUGUACUACUUUCAAUUUGGUGAAAAUGUAUUAAGUUGUCUACCAUGCCUUUUUUUUUUUAAGCUGAAUAAACCUUCACAUCAAAGAAAAGGGGACCACAUUAUUUGAAUGUCCGAAAGUCUGUGAAAUGUAA